AUGGACAAACAAGAAUAUGAAGGGUUCAAGCUCACCGUGUCUGAUACGAAACGUGUCAUCUUGUCACAACAAGGAAUCAGCGAUGUCCACAAAAGAUCGAAGGGUUCAAAUACAGUCGAUAAUGAUGCGAAACACGAAAAGAAUGGCAACGUGGUUGUGGAACAAAUCACAAUGGGGAAGCAUGUUGGGCUGCCCAGCGGGAUUUCUCUCAUAGUGGGAACCAUCAUUGGUUCUGGUAUAUUCAUAUCACCGAAGAGCGUUUUGAAAGACACUGGUUCCAUUGGUCUCUGUUUGAUUGUCUGGGCCGCAUCUGGGAUUAUUGCUCUUUUCGGUGGGCUAGUUUACGCCGAGCUGGGUCUGGUGGUGAAGAAGUCGGGUGGGGAGUACGCGUACAUUCGCGAGGCGUUCGGCAACGUGCCCGCCUUCCUGUUCGCCUGGACGUCGGUGGUGGUGAUCAGGACAUCGUCGCUCAGCAUCAUCUGCCUCACGUUUGCCGAGUACGUGGACACGUUCUUCGAGAUGUGCGGACAGCCAGAGAUACCCAAGAAACUCGUGGCUGCCCUGGCAAUAGUGACGGUUGCCUUGGUGAAUGGCUACAGCACGAACCUGGCGGCGCGGGUCCAGGUGGUGUUCACGGUGGCCAAGCUUCUCGCCCUCGUGGUCAUCAUCAUCGGCGGCAUUGUGAAGCUAGCUCAGGGAUCACGAAAGGAAUUAGACACUGGAUUUCUUGACACCAACGAAUCGCCAUCAACCAUAGCUCUGGCAUUCUACGGAGCUCUGUGGGCAUACGAUGGGUGGAACAACCUAAACUAUGUGACAGAAGAACUCCAAAACCCUAAAAGAAAUCUGCCAAUAGCUAACAUCACCGGCGUCGUCUUGGUAACGGCUGUCUACAUCAUGACCAACAUCUCCUACUUUGCUGUUAUGACCAGGCAGGAACUGUUAGAUGCUCCCGCAGUUGCUGUGCUGUGGGGUGAUCGAGUGAUCGGUGCCGCGGCUGUUCUUAUUCCAGUAGCGGUGAUGAUCUCCACGUUCGGGGCGGCUAAUGGUACAGCGUUUACGGCAAACAGAGUCACCUACGUAGCGGCAAGAGACAACAACCUGCCUGCGAUUCUGUCUUAUAUCCAUUACAAGAACCGAACACCUUUACCAUCCAUGAUUUUCACGUGCACCUUGUCCCUGAUGAUGAUAAUCCCGGGUAACAUUGGAAGUCUGAUAGAUUUCUUCAGCUUCACCGCCUGGAUGUUCUACGGGAUGGCAUUUACUGCUCUCAUCGUUCUCAGGUUUACCAAGAAGGACGCAGAAAGACCAUACAAGGUUCCAAUACCUAUACCAAUUCUCAUGGUCCUGGUGGCUCUUUAUCUGGUGAUCGCUCCCAUUGUGGAAGAACCUCGGAUCGAGUUUCUGUAUGCCCUCCUCUUUGUCCUGGGCGGUCUCAUUUUCUACGUACCUUUCGUACAUUUCAACAUUAAAUUAAAAGUCGUUGAAUACAUAACAAUAUAUUUACAAUUGUUUCUUGAAGUCGUCCCAAGUCCGUAUGUGCACGAAGAGUCUGAAUUGAAUUAGCAGCAAAUUGUUUUCUACACGUGGAGUUUUAAAAUACUGGUAUUCCAUGAAUUGCCAUACAUACAUGCAUAUGCCUAUGGUAUAAGUUUGUAUCGAGAAACAUAACCAGUUGUUGUCCUACAGCUAGCCGAUUAGCCCGAGUACUCGGGACUGUAAGUGAGCUAGACUGUCAUUUGUAGCGAGAGCGUCAUAACCGUACAAAAUUAAUGUCCGUCUAGCUCUCUUACAGAGUACUCGGGCUACUAGCCGAUAAGCUGCAUUUACAUUUAAAAUGAAAAGCAAAGCAAACCUAAACCGGCAUUUGUUAACAUUUUAUCAUAAACAGAAAAAAGGUUUGCAAUAGUAGAUAAUGGACGUACAGCUUAUUGUUUAAAGCCGAUGACACUAGUUUUUAUGGUAAGUACCGUUUUUGUUGGUAUAAGUUUGUUUGUUUUGUUUAACGACACCACUAGAACACAUUGAUUUACUGAUCAUCGGCUAUUGUAUGUCGUACAUUUAGAGCCGAAUUUACAAAGCCUGUUUCUCUUACACACAUAU